UCUUCCUCUUAUUGAUAAAACUACUACUAAUAAGCCAAAAUGUCUGUCAACGUCAACCGCAGUGUUUUAGAUCAGUUCUAUCGCUACAAAAUGCCCAGUCUGAUUGCUAAGGUUGAGGGCAAAGGAAAUGGAAUAAAGACAGUUAUAAUCAACAUGGUUGACUUUGCAAAGGUGCUUAAUCGGCCUCCAACGUAUCCUACCAAAUAUUUUGGUUGUGAGCUGGGAGCACAGACCCAGUUUGAUGCUAAGAAUGACCGUUAUAUUGUCAAUGGAUCUCAUGAGGCGAAUAAGCUGCAAGACAUGUUGGAUGGACUCAUUAAAAAAUUUGUUCUCUGUCCCGAGUGUGAGAAUCCUGGAACUGAUAUGCAUGUCAAUCCUAAGAAAAAAACAAUAGGUAACUCUUGCAAAGCCUGUGGCUAUCGAGGCAUACUUGACACAAACCAUAAACUCUGCACAUUCAUUCUCAAGAACCCACCUGAGAAUAGUGAGAGUGUUACGAAAAUAGAAAAACAAAAGAAAAAUAGAAAGGGCAAAGACAAAGAAAAUGGUUCUGUGUCCAGCAAUGAGACAACACCAUCACCACCACCACCCAAUGAACUUAACCCUCCACAUGCUGUGGAAGAUGAUGAGGAUGAAGACUGGGGAGAGGAUACAACUGAAGAAGCUCAAAGACGCAGAAUGGAUGAAAUUAGUGAUCAUGCAAAAGUUCUGACACUUAGUGAUGACCUAGAAAGGACAGUUGAAGAAAGAGUCAAUAUUUUAUUUGACUUUGUGAAGAAAAAGAAAGAAGAAGGUAUUAUUGAUACUUCUGACAAAGAAAUUGUUGCAGAAGCAGAAAGACUGGUAAAAGUUAUGGACCCUUUUGUGUUGACUGAGGUUCUUUUAAAUGAGAAGAUUCGAGAACAAAUUAAGAAAUAUAGACGUCAUUUUCUACGAUUCUGCCACAAUAACAAAAAAAAAGCUCAGAGGUACUUUCUUCAUGAUUUGGAGUGUGUGGUAGCUAUGCAUCAAGCUCAGCUCAUCUCCAAUAUUCCACAUAUCUUGAAGGAAAUGUAUGAUGCAGACCUUUUGGAAGAAGAGGUCAUCAUUAGCUGGUCAGAAAAGGCCUCUAAGAAAUACAUCUCAAAGGAACUUGCUGAAGAGAUUCGUGUCAAAGCAGAGCCCUUUAUAAAAUGGCUAAAGGAAGCAGAAGAAGAGUCUUCUGGUGGAGAAGAGGAAGAUGAAGAUGAAAAUAUUGAGGUGGUGUAUUCUAAGACUGCCAGCAUACCUAAAGUUGAAACUGUGAAGUCUGCUGAUAACAAGGAUGAUGACAUUGAUAUUGAUGCCAUUUAAAACAGUGCAACCGAGCUUACAGUGUAAUGCUUCGAAUUCUCUGCAUUUUCAGCCAGAAGUGCAACAUGUAUGUGCAGAAGCUAAAAUGGCUUAACAUC